AUGGCUAUCCAACAUCCUCGUCACGAGCACCCCCUCGACCUUCAAGUGUAUAAGGGGUCUAAGGAAUUCGGGUAUCAUUGUGUCAAGUUCUACCGAGGGUGCUGCUACAAGCUCGAUGCUGGCACUGCGAUGAAAACUCUCUUGGUUGAGAAGUACUAUUGUUCGAUGCUGCAAGAGGCCGGAGAUGGACAAUCUCGACUGCAAUUUGCUCAUGAACAUCCAUUAACUUCCUUCCCUGCGACAAGGAAAGUUUUCUGCAGAGGUUGCAAGAUGGAGAUCUCGGAGGAGGAGGCAUACGGAUGCAGGGAGUGUAAUUUCUUCCUCCACGAGGCAUGUGCCAAGGCGCCGCAAGUGGUGGAAAACCACCCUUUCCACCCUGAGCACCGUCUUCAUCUCCGUUGCCGUCCAGGUGAUCUCUUUCGCAAAACCGAGGACCCUGCGUGCCGCAUAUGUGAAACUCGGUCCUCCAUAGGCUACAGCUGUCACAAUUGCAAAUUUUUCUUAGAUCUGUCAUGUGUGAUUUCGAUUAUGGCUUGUGAAGACGAUGAAGAGAGAGAGGACAGCAGGAAACGAUCACCAUCAUCGAUGAAUCGUUCGCUAGAAUCUCUGCAUCGGCAUCAGCUCUCCUCCUACCAUUCGAAAACCCAGACAAAGAUCAAGUGCGAUAUCUGUGACGGCCACAUUCCGUCUGGCGACUUCUUCGGUUGUUCGGAUUGCACACUCUUUCUUCACGCAUCAUGUGCCCAACCACCCAUGGAGAUUCAACACUACCUUCACCCUGAGCACACUCUUACCUUCGCUAAAUGUCCCGGUGAGAAGGAACACCAAUGUCCAAUCUGUGAAUAUCCAGUAAGAAGUGAGUAUCAUUGCUACACUUGUGAAAUGUGCGACUUCUUCAUCCAUCAGACUUGCGCUUCUGCAACUCUCUCAGAUCUCGAGAAAGAAGUGGGCAGGACGGUUCAGUGUUCUUUCCACGAGCAUGUUGAGCUGAAGCUUUAUUACAACGAUGGAUUCUUUGAAAAUUGCGCAGUUUGUGAAAGGACUAUAGAGGGGAAAACUCUGGCGUACAGAUGCUUUUCCCAAGGUUGCUCCUUUAAGAUCCAUAAACCAUGUGCGAAUCUGCCGUCCAACUUGGCACACCCCUCCCACUUGCUGCAUCCCCUCACCCUCCGCUUCAAACCUCCAAAUGAAGAUGAAGAUAUUGAGUGUCGCUGUUGCGAUAAGGGAAUCAGUGGCCUCUUCGCUUUCUCAUGUGGAGAGUGCAAUUUCUAUCUCCAUGUUGCCUGUGCUCAAAAACCGACUUGGAAACAUCCUUUCCAUGAGCACGAUCUCUUCCAUUUCGCAUAUUUGGAGAAGGGAAGCAGGCCGAACAAAUCCAAGUGCGGGGCCUGCCUUAAACGUUGCAGUUACGACUUCCUCUGUUGUGCACAAUGCGAUUUUACUCUUCACUAUUAUUGUUCUCAGUUGCCGUCAACUAUGAAAUCUGAGCAUUAUUGGGAGCCAUUGGUCCUCCAUGAUUCAUACAUAGAAGAUGACUCGGGAGAGUACUACUGUGACAUCUGCGAGAAGAGAAGAGAUCCGAACAAAUGGGUCUACUGUUCUGAGGCGGGCAACUACCAGUUAAUUGCUCAUGUGGAAUGCGCCUUGUCCCCGGUGAAACUGGAGGUGAUCGAAGAAGAUGAGUUUAUAAGACGAGAAGAAGAUAUUCAGAGAAAAGAAGAACAAAUUAGGCUUGCGCAAGAAGAAGUGGAUGCAAAAGAAGUGAGUUUGAGGCCGCUGAUGGUGGAAUUGGAGUCAAUGAGAGCAAAAUUGGACUCACAAAUGGCAGACCUGGAGGAAAUGAAGACUGAACUUGCAAAAUGGAUUAACGAGGAGGCGACCGGAGUAUAUGAGCAUAUAAGAGGAGAAGAAGACGUUAAUGCCACUGAUGGUGAAAGUGCAAGAACUGACGGAGAGCAACAAGACGAUGCGGCUCAAAGAAUGACAUGCACACAGCAAUAA